CUCCCUCUCUUCUCCACAUUCAUUGCAAGCCCUCCAAUAGCAAUACUCUUUCUAUCCCUCCAACAUUAACUUUUACUGCCAUAAAAUAUUACCAAGUUGGAGAAAGUUAAGACACCAACAUAGCCAUCCAUGGCUAUAGCAACUAGUACUACCAGAAUGCUCACUGCAUGUCUUCUGCUCUACCUUUGCCUCUUCACUGCUCCCAGUAGCUGCUCAUCUUCAACUUCAGCAGCAGGAAUGGUUGAGGGCUCCAAACAUGGCAUCACGGUGAAUCCAAAUGAUCUCCCUCUAUAUUACAAGGAUGAUGGAUACCAUGGGCAAGAAGAAGUGAAGAACAAGGUGGAGGUGAUGAUGAUGAUGAAGAAGAAGACAAGGAAGGUGCUUAUGAUGGAUGUGGCCGAUUAUGAUGAAACUGGGGCUAACUCUAAACAUGACCCACGGAAGGGCAGGCACCCUUAAUCAUAUUAUAAACAUAAUAUAAAUAUAAUAUAAUUCCCACCUUAUAGUAUAUUUAUUCAUGUUUAGCAUCGUCAAACCCACUAUAUUAAUUACGAUCAUUAUUGAGUAAUUCCUAAUUAAAUUCCAGUUUCGGAUAGCUCCAGCCUCCAGAUUUGAGGGAGAUGUAUUAAACAUGCUUGCUUCAUUGACUAUAAGAUUAAUGAAUAAGGGAAGCAGCUAAUCACAUUAUAUUAUAUAUAUGAUUAAUUAGUUAAUGUAUCUGUUCUUGAUAAAUAAUAUUACUGUUUACUGGUUGUGAUGGGUGAUGAUGUGGCGAGUGAAAUUAGAAUCCCUGAACGACAUUUGGGGAAAACGAUUAUAUUUUUUUUGAGAUUAGAUGUUACGGUUCAUUGAGGGAAUUAGGUACAUAUUGCAUGAAUGCAAAUGACUUUACUACAUGGAUUUAGCAUUAUGCAUCGAACCCAACUCAUAACAAAAUCGUCCAAUACCUACUUACGGAGAUCAUAACACCGUAUCAGAGGUUGUAUCGGAAAAGUCAAUGGAAUGAUAUUUUGUAUUUAAACCGCGAUACCGGUAAAACUGCCUAUCGAUUUAGACUUCAAUAGACAAUUUUUUUUGGUUGGACCACCAGUACGAUACGGUUUUGUUAACUCUGAUACCUACUCAACCAUUGAAGACCAUUGAAGGUAUAGAGGAAGAUAAACCAGUCAUAAGGGUCGAGUUUGGCAUUACCAUUACCAUUACCAUUAAUGACUUCGAAACCUUUUCCCCCUUCCACUAUUAUGCUUGGCACACUUUGGCUACCCACAAAAAGAGGCCAGGAAGCUGCCACCACCAUAACAAAUCCACAAACACCUUCUCCUGCAACUCAAUUUUCAACUCUUUCAUCCCUCCACUAUACAGCUAUGGUGGGCUGCAACUAGUCUAAGAACAUCCACUGCCGAAAAGCACACUGAAAAUGACCUAAUCACAAACACUCAUCCCACCAUCAUCACAUUCUUGCAUCUGUCACAUUCAACCUUCAACAGAGCUAGCUAUGGCUGUACCGUGUGUAGCCUGUAAGUAAGAAACAUCUCAUGUCCAAGUAAGCUGUGAUUUAUGUAGAUGUGUUUUUCUGGCGAGAAAAUCUAGAUGUACAGAAAUGAAAUUUUGCACCUUUUUGACUUCCAAACAAACGAUUAACAAACACGGUUCAUACCUCUUUGAACAAAAAGUUCAAACAAGGGUGUUCGAUGUUCUUGAUGAUCUACGAGACAAACUAAAUUACAUUAACUCUACUCCUAUGGAGGUUCAGUGAGAGCUCCAGAAAAUACGACUAUGGCUAUAUUUGCAGAGGAAAAAAUAAAAGGAUAAAAGUUGG